AUGGCCACCACCACCACCACCGCUCUCCACCCCCAGUUCCGGCCGCCGUCGCACCCGCGCGCAACCCGUCGGCUCCGACCAUGCCCCUCCUCCUCCAGCGUCCGCCCCCGCUUCUCCGUCCGCGCCGCAGCGGCGUCGGCGUCCGCGUCCGCUCCGGCGCAGCGCGAGGUCGUCGCGGGUGUCCCAUGGGGCUGCGAGAUCGAGUCCCUGGAGAGCGCGGCGUCGCUGGAGCGGUGGCUCACCGCGUCGGGGCUCCCCGAGCAGCGGCUGGCCCUAGAGAAGGUGGACAUCGGCGAGCGCGGCCUCGUCGCGCUCAAGAACGUCCGGAAUGGAGAGAAGCUGCUCUUCGUGCCCCCGACCCUCGUCAUCACCGCCGAUUCGGAAUGGAGCAACCGUGAGGUGGGGGAUGUGAUGAAGAGGUACUCUGUGCCGGACUGGCCGCUUCUCGCCACCUACCUCAUAAGCGAAGCCAGCUUGGAGGGUUCGUCGAAGUGGAGAAGCUAUAUCGACGCAUUGCCUAGGCAGCCUUACUCGCUUUUGUACUGGACUCGCACUGAGAUAGAUGCAUACUUGGUGGCUUCUCCGAUCAGGGAACGGGCAAUUUCAAGGAUCGGUGAUGUGAUUGGGACAUACAAUGACCUUCGAGAUCGAAUAUUUUCUAAAUACCCAGAUUUGUUCCCCGAGAAGGUGUACAACAUGGAGAACUUUAGAUGGUCCUUCGGCAUUCUCUUCUCACGUCUGGUUCGUUUAGAAUCAAUGGAUGGAAAGGUUGCACUAGUUCCUUGGGCAGAUAUGCUUAACCAUAGCCCUGAGGUAGAUGCAUUCCUGGAUUAUGACAAGUCAUCGCAAGGAAUAGUCUUCACCACUGAUCGUUCGUAUCAACCAGGUGAGCAGGUGUUCAUAUCCUAUGGGAAGAAAUCCAGUGGUGAGCUAUUGCUUUCCUAUGGUUUUGUACCAAAAGAGGGAACAAAUCCAAAUGAUUCAGUUGAAUUCUUGGUGUCUCUUAACAAGUCUGAUGAGUGCUACAAAGAGAAAUUACAAGCACUAAAGAAACACGGUUUGUCAGAGUCUGAAAGUUUCCCCUUGAGGGUCACAGGGUGGCCAGUUGAGCUGAUGGCUUAUGCCUUCCUUGUAGUCAGUCCUCCUGAGAUGAUUCAACGCUUUGAGGAGAUGGCUGUUGCUGCAUCCAAUAAAGGUUCAUCCAAGCCUGCACUUAAUUAUCCCGAGCUGGACGAGCAGGCUCUUCAGUUUAUCUUGGACUGCUGUGAAUCUAGUAUAAAAAAAUAUACCAAGUACCUAGAGGGCGCCAAGGGUUCUGCGGAAGUCUCAAUCAAUACAAAGCAGGCCAACAGGACCUUGCUACUAAAGCAGCUAGCAAGAGAUCUGUGCAUCAGCGAACGGAGGAUCCUAUAUCGUUCACAAUACUUUCAGUUCCACCACCCAAUUGCUGGUGAGCUCAGGUGUUUGCUUGCCAAAGGCAUAUUGCAGUAUCAGGCCAAGAUCUUCGGAGCUGCAACUGAAUAG